AUGGACAGGUACAGUGGGAGCCAGGCAAUGGAGUCGGUGCCGGUGGAUCCGGUGGCAGAAUGGGCAGCGCCUGGUGGAGAAACUGGGCUUGAAGAGCCUAUGUGGGAAUUAAGUCUCGGAGGCGGGCCUGAAUCGUACCCCGAGAGGCCUAGUGAGCCCGAUUGUAUCUAUUACCUGAGGACUGGGUUCUGUGGGUACGGAAAUCGGUGCCGUUUCAAUCAUCCACGAGACCGGAGCAUGGCAAUGGGAGCCUUUGGAGCUGGCGGGGGAGAGUAUCCGGAACGUGUAGGCCAACCCGUCUGUCAGUACUACAUGCGGACAGGAACAUGCAAAUUUGGUGUUACCUGCAAGUACAACCAUCCCAAGCAUGGAAUUGAGUUUUCAGGCCAAGUGACUUUGAACAUUUAUGGAUAUCCCUUGCGGCCUGGAGAAAAAGAAUGCUCAUAUUAUGUAAAGACGGGGCAGUGCAAGUUUGGUCUCACCUGUAAAUUUCAUCAUCCCCAACCUGCAGGAGUAUCAGUGCCAGUGCCAGUGCUAGCCCCUGGUGCUCCACCUUUGGCUGCUCCUGUUCCUACACCAUCCGUUUAUCCAAGUGGGCCCUCUCCGUCUGUUCAAUCUUCACAACAAUAUGGGGUUAUUCAAAGCAUUUGGCCAGUUGCAAGGCCUGCCAUGCUUCCUGGUUCAUAUGUUCCUGGAAGUUAUGGUCCAUUGCCACUCCCCCCUGGCGUUGUUCCCCUUCCAGGCUGGAAUCCUUAUACGGCACCCGUUAGUCCUGUGGACUCCCAAAGCAUUCAACCAGCAGUCGCUGGUAGCCCCAUUUACAGGAUAACACAGUUGUCUCCUUCAGCGGCUGCAUAUACUGUUCCCUACCUUUCAAUUACUUCUUCUGCUGGCCCCUCAAGUAGUAGUGAAAAGGAACAUGCAUAUCCAGAAAGACCUGAUCAGCCAGAAUGCCAAUAUUUUCUGAGAACUGGAGUGUGUAAAUUUGGGGCUACUUGUAAAUAUCAUCAUCCAUCGGAGUGGAGUGUGCAGAAGACGACUUUUCUUCUUAGUCCAAUGGGUCUCCCCUUACGUCCAGGCGCACCACUUUGCUCUCACUAUGCGCAAAGCGGAAUAUGUAAAUUCGGGCCCACAUGUAGAUUCGACCACCCGAUGAGGACUCUGAGUUACAGUCCGUCUGCAUCCUCUCUGACUGAUAUUCCAGUUGCCCCUUACCCCGUGGGGUCCACUUACGCUACCUUGGCUCCGUCAUCUUCAUCGUCCAAUUUGAGGUUCUUCAACAAAGACGCCUUCACGUCAUCUCAAAUGUCUUCCAUGAACAGCCCAAACGAGUUGGUUGGCCCAAUAUUCUCGAGCAGCGGCGGGCCCAUCCCAAAACCGGGCCUUCAGGUAUCUAAAGAUUCAUCGAGCGAGAGCAGUGGCGUGAGUGGUGAGGUUCAGCUGAAAAUAUGA